GUCGACGCGACAAGGUCGGCUAGGUGCAGAGCAGAGGGAUAAGCGGCCAUGUCUAAGGGGGAGGGAGGGAGCAGUAUGCAUGGCGUGCUUGUGAGCGUCCUAAUCCCGUGCAAGAACACGGGCGAGCUUCUCAAGCCGUGCCUCGCAUCCAUAGCCGAGUCGAGCCACCGUCCUCUCGAGGUGUGUCUGUAUGAUGAUGGCUCUGAUGAUGAUGGCGUGACACUUGGCAUCAUUGCCGAGUAUGCUAGCAAUGCUCCGCAAGGGAUAUCGGUAGUCAUCGGCUCGCGGAGCCAGAGUGAUGAUGGCGCGCCGUCGAUCGGUGCGGCGCGAAAUGCGGUGGCCGCGCUGGCCUCGGGCGACUUUCUCUGCUGGCUUGACUCUGACGAUGUCAUGCUCCCUUGCCGGAUCGCCGGCUCGCUGGAGACGUACUUUGCCAAAAGAGCCGAGAGUGGGUGCGACCAUGUUCUUGUGGGCUCGCGGUUUGUGCGUGACCCGCCGGGAUCGACCCCGCGGUACGCAGCGUGGGCCAACUCACUCAGCCAGGACCAGCUCGUCACGCAUCGGUUCCGCGAGUGCACCCUCAUUCAGCCGACGUGGUUCCUUCCACGGGCCUCGUUUGCCUGGAUUGGUGGGUACGAGGCUGCGGGGCUCGCGGAAGACUUUAAGUUUCUGCUCACGUGGGUGUGCCGUGGUGGCGUCCUUGCUCGCCUCGACGCUGUCGCCCUCGUGUACACCUACUCGGCCGGAUCGCUGUCAUGGAAGGUGCCGCAGGCACUGCUGAGGAAGAUCCGUGUCGAGGCCUUUGAGCAGCAAGUCCUGGGCAUCGGGGGUGAGGCGGGAGCGGCGCGCCCGGCCACGCUCCCGGCCCAGCCGUGGGCUGCGUUUGCCAUCUGGGGUGCGGGCAAGGACGCCAAGGCCUUUUUCCGCGCGCUGAGCGACGAGGCCAAGGCUAGAGUCACUUGCUUUGCCGACAUCGAUCCGGCCAAGCUCAGCGUAGGCACGUAUCCCGACACGGUCCUCGUCCCCGUCGUGGUUCCGGCGCACAAGAUGAGCUCGGCGCGCAAAGCGCGCAAGGCUGCGCGCAAGGCCGCGGCGGCGGCGGCGGCUGCAGGCAAUCCUCUGCCGAGCAAGAAGCCGCGGGCGCUCGACGGGCAAGCUGCGCACGGGCAGAGGUCCAAUGGCGAUGGAAGCGGCGUCGAUGACGACGGACCCAUCACGGUCUGUAUCAAGAUGAAGCGGCAGCUCCGCCGCGAGAUCCCGAUUGUGGCGGUUGCUGACCUCCGCCCGCCGUUUGUAGCUGCGGUGGCACUUGACCGGACUCAGGGCACGUUUGAGGCAGCUCUGGCGGCGAGUGGCUACGUGGAUGGCGUCGACUACUUUCAUGUGGUGUGAGCGGAGGUCAGACGCUGGCGUGCGCUGCGGCGUGGACGGCACCAAAGGCGUCGAUGACCUUGGCCACGUCGUCGGCCGAGACGUCGAGGUGGGUGACGAGCCGAACUCGGGACCCGCCGCCUGCAAUGAGGAUGCCGUAGUCGUCGCGGAGUGUAUCGACGAUGGCCUCUGCAGUGGCGCCAAAGGCGGCAGCGUCGAGGGUGAAGAACACGAUGUUGGUCUCGACUACGUCGACGUCGAUGCCCGGGAGCUUGUCGAGGCCGGCGGCGAGAACGGCAGCGUUGGCGUGGUCGUCCUGGAGGCGAUCGACAUUGUCGAGAGCGAGGAGGCCAGCGGCAGCAAGGACACCGACCUGGCGCAUCCCACCGCCAAGCAUCUUGCGGACCCGGCGUGCGGUGGCGAUAAACUCGACCGAGCCGGC